AUCAACCGCCCAACGAACCCUCCUCCUCGCCCCCCCCCUCCCUCGCCGCCCGCGAAGACCGCCUCGCAGCGCUCUUCACGUCCCACCCGCGCGCGACGACCGACCUGCAGAUGCUGGACCGCCUCGCCGCCGGCCUGGUCACCCUCCCGCCCGCGACCUACGACCUAGUCCUCGUGCUGACCGACGCCGACGGCGCGCGGCGCGCCGAGGCCGCUGCCCUGCUGGGGGAUCGUGCGGUGUGGGGUAGGCUGGUGCCGGCUGUGAGGGCGGGGGGUAGGGUGGCGAGUGAGGAUGGGUGGUUUAAGGAGUCGUCGGUUUCUGAUGAGGGGGUGGUGGGGGGUGAGGGUGAUGUGGCGGGGGUGAAGAGGGAGGCGGUGUUGGCGGGGUUGGUUGCGGGUGGGGAGGGGUUUGUGAAGCCCGAGUAUGCCGAGGAGGAGGCCGUGCCGUUGCGGUUUGGGCUGGGGAAGAAGAAGGCUGCUGCUGCUGCUGCUGUGAGUUCGGCGGGGCCAGCGGUCGGGGCUGUCAAGGUGGCUACGGCUACCUCGGCCGGGAGGAAGGAGGAGGUUGCGAUGGUUCCGCCGGCUGUGGCUGCUGCUGCUGCGCCGGCGGGGGUGGGGUUCGUGGACUUCAGUGAUGAUUUGGAUUUGGACGUGGAGGAUGACGAGGAUGUGAUCGAUGAGGAUACGCUGCUUACGGAGGAAGACUUGUGGCGACCGAUCCAGCAGCCUCCUGAGUGCCAGCCGCAGCCGGGGAAGAAGAGGCGGGCGUGCAAGGACUGCACUUGUGGUCUCGCUUCGAGAAUGGAAGCCGAGGACAAGGCGCGCCGCGAAAAGGCAGACAGCGACCUCAACACCCUAAAGCUCAAGUCGGAGGACCUGAACGAACUCGACUUCACCGUCCAGGGCAAGACAGGGUCCUGUGGCAGUUGCUACCUGGGCGACGCCUUCAGGUGCUCUGACUGCCCCUACAUUGGUCUACCAGCAUUCAAACCCGGCGAGGAGGUCAAGAUCAUGAACAACACCGUGCAGUUGUAAGGAAAAUAGCCAUGGUGUGGAGGAUAUGGAAAACCAUGAUGAUUAGACACGGCAUGGGCUUAGCGCUGAUCGCAUAGGGACGCGGCCUUCGUAGCCUGCUCCCACCGUUGAGUAGGAGGAUGGCUCGCCGAUUUCUUUUGUCGGGGGAAAAGGAUUGUUUUGAUACCUUUAGAUUUUCGAGGUCAUAGUUUGGCAAUACCGGUCCAAACUAGGACAGGGAGGAUGGGAAAUGAACUACAUACAACCACAAUGGUUUAACCCGGUUAAUGGACCACUUGAUGUGACUCACGGAAUAGCCAUUGGGAUGCGUUGCC